GACAAAGUAAAAUUUAACUUUUUUGCAAGAUGGCGGCGUAAGCUUAUAAGAAAUGGUCGACAAUUCGAAGUUAAGCUUUUCACAGCCCCCUCCACGACAUAUCUUAUAGUAUCUUUACUUCAGGAAACUGUCUUAUUCCCUAGGGACAAAAUAAAAAACUGGUCUGACGAAACUGUAAUCAUUUUAAGUUAUGCAGUCAGCAGACAUGGAAAUUUUGAUAGAAAUCGAUAAAAACAAAUGGCCAGAACUUCGAGAUUUGUACAGAAAUAAUUGGCCGAAGAAUGCAGUGGCGUAUUGUAUUCUGGAUACGCAUAUAUCGUAUCCAAAUUUAAGUAAAAUUUUCAAUUUUAAAGUAUAUUGUCCUCACGGAGACUUACUCAAUGGAAUGGUUGCGAUCAUUGAACAGGAUGAUUAUAUAAUUAUGAUUCACCCAGUAGAUGACAUAAAAAAAUUAGAAGAAGCCCUCGCUACUACCAGGUUAAUCAAAUGGAACAAACAAUUUAUCGUACCUUCGGCUACUUCAGAAGUUGAAGACUGUAUGAAACGAAUCGAGCACAUUGGUAAAAGAGUUAAAGGUGAAAAAGCUUUGAAGCAUAUAUUGAGCAGAGAUAAUCCUAAAUUUGAAAAUCUAACAUUGCCACCAAAUACAUAUAUAGGUCCGCUUAAACCAGAACAUAUAAAAUUUAUUGAUAAGAAAUGGACAUAUACCCAUGAAACCACUUACAAGUUUUUUGAAGCAUUAAUGAACAACGAUCUUACUUAUGCUCUAUAUUCUACAGACGACUGCCUUUUAGCUUGGGUAGUAAUUGAUACUAGCGGCUCGCUAACGCACUUGUACUGUGUAGACGGUCACAGAAGAAAAGGUUACGCUGAAUUUUUACUAAAAUAUGUUAUCAAUGAACAAUUAAGCAAGGGAAAGGAUACACUGGCUUAUACAUUGGAAAAUAAUCCUAAAGCAAACAGACUGUUCGAUAAAUUGAAAUUUGAGCAAAAUGAAUGCGUGAAAUGGCUAAUUCUAUACUAAUUCAUCGUCCUCCAGCCCUUAUCUCCUAUUACUUGAGUUCGGCGCAGCAUGUCUUCUUCUUCCAUACUUCUCUAUCUGACGUCAUCUCACAAGUAACAUUAUUUCCAGCCAUAUCACAUUUCACUUGUGUUUUCACGUUCUAGUAUUAUCUCCCAGGAAUAGCAUCAAGUACCUAAUAAUUCUAACCUUUAAACUAAAUAGUUCGUUGUUGUCAUUCAAACUAAAUAGAUUUAAAGAAGAACAAAGUACGUAACGUAUGACAGGUUCUUUAGCGAUUUUAGGCUUUACUGAUACAGAC